AGGGGAGGAGGAUCAGGGGGGUGUCAGGGAGUGUUGGGGAGUUUAUAGGUGUUUGGGUGACCGAAGAAGGGAGAGAAGCAGUCCAGGAGCUGUAGUAAUUAUUCCGUAGCGGGUUGUUAAGAGGUCGCGGAGAUGCUGGCGCUAAUUAACCGAAUAUUAGACUGGUUCAAGAGUCUCUUCUGGAAGGAGGAGAUGGAACUGACUCUUGUAGGCCUCCAGUACUCCGGCAAAACCACCUUUGUUAAUGUUAUUGCGUCAGGACAGUUCAGUGAGGACAUGAUCCCCACGGUGGGCUUCAACAUGCGCAAGAUCACCAAGGGCAAUGUGACCAUCAAAGUGUGGGACAUCGGUGGCCAGCCACGCUUCAGGUCCAUGUGGGAACGAUACUGUCGAGGGGUCAACGCAAUUGUAUACAUGGUAGACGCUGCAGACCCGGAAAAGAUAGAAGCAUCGCGGAAUGAACUGCAUAACCUUCUGGACAAACCUCAACUGGCUGGCAUCCCUGUCCUGGUGCUGGGAAACAAACGUGACCUUCCAAAUGCACUUGACGAAAAGGGACUGAUUGAGAGGAUGAACUUGUCGGCCAUCCAGGACCGGGAAAUCUGCUGUUACUCCAUAUCUUGUAAGGAAAAGGACAACAUUGACAUCACUCUUCAGUGGCUCAUCUCUCACUCUAAGUCUGGCGGCCGCUAAGCCCUUGGAAGCAGCACGGGAGGCUGGGAGACUGGAUGGCAAGAUGACAGAUCCACCACGGAGGGAACGGAUGGGAGAGGAAGCUAAAAUGGGGAGGAAUGUUCUGGGUUUUGUAUUUGAAAAGGUGCAGGAGGAGGAAUUGGAAAGGGAAGGAAUGUAUGGGUGGGUCUAUUCAGGGUGGAAAUGUAUGAGUAGGGAAUGGGACUAAAAAGCUUGGUAAGGAGUUUAUGAGAGGAAAUGUUAAUGAAGGAAUGUUGGAAAAGAAUGGAAGGGAUUUAUAUGGAAGGUGUAGAAGGAAAGAAAAAAAAAGGAUUUUAAGUGAAACAGUAUACGAAAUGAAAGGUAACUAAAAAGGAACUGAAGGACAUUAUGAAAGAAAAUGCAAGAGAGGAAAAACAGGAAUGGAAGGGAAAUUAAAGAGAAAAUGUAAGAGCAAAACAAGAGAAGGGAAGAAAAUUAAACAAAACACAAGAGAAGAAAACAGGAAGAGAAGGGAAGAAAACAGAAAACACAAAACGAAAACAGAAAAAGAAGUAAAUCCAACAGAAAACGUAAUAGAGGAAAACAGGAACGGAAGGUAAACUAAAAGAAAAAGAGAGAGAGAGAACAAUACUAGACUUGGCCAAGAAGAGGUGAUCUUGUUCAGCCUUGUUAACUCAUAAGGGACGGGGGUUUUAUAACUAAUUUGGUAAUACUAACCCUGCCCCCUGGUGUGGUGGAGCUCGCUAGUGGCCACCACACCCCCACACCUCCACCACACGAGGGGGCAACCAGACUGACAAGGCAACAAGUGGUGGUGGUGGAGAUGUUGGUUGGAGAUUGAUUAGUGUCAGUGAGGCUGGGUGUCUGCUCUCUGGAGGUGCAGUGAUGGGAUCUGUGUAAUAUAUCAAUAGGUGUUUUCAGACUGAGGAAAAGUAUAUACAGAAUGAGCCAUUUUUUCCCCAUACGCUUAUUGUCCUGAUGUUUAUGUGAAGCCAUAAAGAAAAUAAAAAAAAAGGAGAGAGAGAGAGAGAGAGAGAGGUAGUUCCCGUAGUCACACACUCAUACCUAAGCCCUUCCCGUUUUCUUCCAGAACUGCAUCUCCUUUGGUAAAUGUCCAUAAAAAAUCCCUAAAAAAUAAUGAUAUAUAGAUAACACCCUUUUGCAACCCUUGAAAAAAAUAUAAAAAAAGAGUAUGUUAGAAUUAUUUAGGUUUUUGCUUAUGGUAAUAUAAAGGUAGGGAUUAUAAAGAGGACUUAAAUAUACAAUCUUGUUACUGCAGAGAGAGAGAGAGAGAGAGAGAGAGAGAGAGAGUGUCUGAGGGAUCUACUACUAGAGGUGGGUAGGUCAUAGGGAUUACCAAUUACAGAGGUUACUCCCCCCCUUUUUUUUUUUUUUUUUUUUUUCUCUCUCUCCCCUCCCCUAAGUCAUUCAGUCAUGCAGUGGAUAAAGAAAACGGACAGUUGAAUAUGUCACUGAAUUUUAUUGCAGGGACGCACUUUAGUUUUGAUCUGUGGGGUGCUUGCUGGAGUGUCAGAGGUUAUUGGUUCGUGGUUGUCUUAUCGUGGCAGGGGAGGACAUGCUGUUCUCUCCUUGUGCGUUGAUGUCCUUUUUAUUUAUUUUUUUUUAUUAUUAUAUAUAUAUAUAUAUAUAUAUAUAUAUAUAUAUAUAUAUAUAUAUAUAUAUAUAUAUAUAUAUAUUUAUAUUAUAUUAUAUAUAUAUUAUAUAUAUAUUAAGUGGCUAAUCAUUCCUCAGCUUGUAAAGAUCAAUUUAUGGUUGCUGUUAUCUACUACUGUGCAUGUGGAUGUGUGUGUGUGUGUGUGUGUGUGUGUGUGUGUGUGUGUGUGUGUGUGUGUGUGUGUGUGUGUGUGUGUGUGUGUGUGUGUGUGUGUGUGUGUGUGGCUGGCUGGCUGGAUCUCCUUGUGUGUGUGGAGGUUAUCAGCCCUGUAUGCUUUAGAAGAAGUACGCCAUAGUGGAAAUACACACACAUACACUUUUGUCUAGGUAAUAGGUGUCUUGCACAGUUGCUUUUUUGUAUUGCAAUUCUGAGAUGAGUGUUAGGGAGUCAGUGUUUUCAGAAGAAGUUGGUAUGUUUCAGCUCGCAACACAACACUGCAUGACACGAUGUAACAACACAAACACUUGACUGGUGAGGUGUGGGAGGCACAAAUGUGGUGGUAGCAAUCCAGCAAUGGCUUCUCCUAACAUGUCUCAAGUGAAUGGAGUGGUGUGGACUCCUGACAUCACCCCGGCUAGGCCAACAUGAUCGGCAACACAAGACUUGUUCACUAGCCACUUUUGCUGUUAAGUUCUUGCAUUAAGGUCUGCAUUCUCAAACGCUUUGUCCACUUAUCCCCAAUACUUUCAACUCAUUCCAGUCAGUGGAAGUUGUUGGGAUUUUCAAGGGUGUUUUCAUAAUGCUGGCUAGUGAUGGUUAAACAGACUAGUGGAAAUUGUUGGUGUUUUUAUGAUUUUAAAUAGUUUAACAAGGUCAACUAGAAGUUACUGGAGUUUUCAACAUUGUUUUCAUGGUUCUAAUGCUUAACUGUAGCUCAAGUGGAAGUUAUUGGCAUUUUCAAGUUUUCAUGAUCUUUUAAAUAGUUUUAACAAGACCUCCUUAUCACCAGUGGGAAAGAAAGGAAAGCAUGAGAACCUGACUUAUCAUCCCUGUUGCCUGCAAAAAUAGUCCAGAUUAGAGAAUGAAGUGUUUGAGAAUAUCAGUCCCAAGUCCUGGUCUGCCAAGGCAAAGACACCAUGCCCAGCCACUCCCUCCCCCCGGCUGUGCACGCGCUGGCUCUGAGGGAGACAGGUCAUGCCACACAUAUCCUUGCCAUCAGCCACAUGACUUAGAAGAUUGUGGGAGAUACAGCAAAUUCCUCGUUGGGACAGACCCUCACUGUGUUUCACUGUUUCAUUGACUGAGCAGUCCCUUUGUGGUGUUGAUAUUGAUACACAUAGACAUAUAUAUUACAGAUUAUGUGGAAGUCACUUGUCCUAGCUAUUGUUUUGGUUGGAUAGGAGAGGUUGUGUUUGGUGAGGUUAGUUUAGGUACCUCAUCCAGUCCUUCAUCACCUAACCUGAAAUGAAUCUAAAUGAAACAAACAAAACAAAACCAAACCUAACUGAACCAAACCAAACCAAACCAAUCCCAAAGGCUACUAGGAUGACUGAUCUUCUCAUGACGCUAUUAAUACAUAUUAUGACUUUUUUUAUUAGGUAGGUAGUAGGACAUAGAGUUUUGUUGAAGUGAAAUGAUCUGAGGUAGUGUUAUGUCUUAGGAGAGUGAAUGUACAUUUGGGACAUCGUCAUGUUUUCAUUGGCUGAUUUUAAGCAAGGAUGAAUGUCUAAAGAAGUUGCACGAUAAACUCACGUGUAAUAUAUAUGACUUGUUUCCUUCCCUCAUGGGUGGAGCAGAUUGUGCUGUCACCACCACCACCACCUCAGCCCAAUGCAACGCCUGUGCACCACUGCUUGCUGGUCACCCCCUUCAUUCACUCACCAUCAAGACGGCAAACUGCAACCUUGACUCAGUGCUGUAGGAGUGGAAGUAGGAGAGGGAAAAGAAGGUAGACACACACACACACACACACACAGAACCCCACCAACUUUCCACUUCUUACAAACCACAAGUAAAUACAAUCGUAUGAACAUUUGCACACACACACACACACACACACACACACACACACACACACACACACACACACACACACACACACACAAACAGUCAUUCUAACUCUUGAUACCCAGAGACAGCACUGGCAUAGUGGGUGUGUGGUGAGGGAGUGGCACACCACACAUUAGCAUUGCCUGCCACUAGUUCUGUAAUGGUGUGUGGUGUGAUGUGUGAUGUGUGGUAGGACUGCUGCUCCAUGCCAGCUUAACCUGCUGCAUUGUUCUAUUGAGUUUAGUUUGAUGCUAUUAUUAUUUUAUUUAUUUGUUAUUGUUUUAUUUUAUUUUUUAUUGCAGUGUCAUGUGUCUGUCAGUUACUUUUAUUUUUCAGCAGAUCAGGGAGAGUGAGGUGAAGGCAAAAAUGUUAAGUAUAUGUAUUGAGUGGGUUAGGUUAGGUUAGGAUACAUUACCUCCUCUAAUUCAAGUUGAUGUAUCCUAACCUAAUGUAGCCUUACCUAACUUAGCCUAACUUAAUCAAAUAUGACGACCUGGCCUAACCUAACUUGAUAUGACCUCACAGACUCCACAGGGUAAUUGGCCAUGGGUGCACCUGUGUAUUUUGGUGUAAAGGUGCCAGUGAGUUUAUUUGCAGCUGUUUUUGUAGAAAUUUUUUACAUUAAGAAUUUAUAUUUUGUAAUUGUCCAUAUGUUUUUUUUUUUUUUUUUUUUAUAUAAUUUAAUCUGUGAUGAUAAUUAUUACUAUAGUACUAUUAUAUAACACUAACAGAUAAGCCAGUGAGGUAGUUGUGUUAUGGUGUAACAAGCGAGGUCUACCAGCUGUGGGUGGACGUGCGUAGUUGUGCGAGGUGAAGUUCCGAACAAGUUAAUAUAAAAGCUGUUCAAGUUAAUUCCUUUUUAUCGGCACACCUCUUGAGCCCAACACACAUCAGUCUACCUGUCCAUCAACUCCUCCUCUUCCUCUUCUUUUUCAUUUUCGCUCCUUUCUCAUUUUCGUAUUCUACUUCCUCUUCCUUCGUUCUUUCCAUGUUUAAUUUUCCAGACCUCCAAGAAGUGUUAAGAGAUUUCAAUAGAAUUUUCCUCAGCUAUGUAAUUAAGAGAAAAAAAAAACCCUAGCAACAUUUGUAAGAUAUUUUCAGUUGUCACACGUGCAGGAAACCAUUCAGUCAUGUUAAUUCUUGUACAUUACUCAAAAAUUCUUGCUUUCACUCAUGCUUGUGUUCUUAAAUGUUUUGGUUAUCACAUCUCCCUUAGUGGAAGUUAUUUGGGUUUUCCUAAUAUUAGUGAUAGUUUGACAGACUCUAGUGGAAGUUCCUGGGGUUUUCAUGAUGUUAUUGGUAGUUUCAAAGGUUCUAGUGGAAGUUAUUGGGGUUAUCAUGAAAUUAGUGAGAGUUUGACAGACUAGUGGAAGUUACUGGGGUUUUCCUAAUAUUAGUGACAGUUUGACAGGCUGUAGUGGAAGUUACUGGGGUUUUCAUGAUGCUAGUGGUAGUUUGAAAGACUCUAGUGGGUUACUGGAGUUUUCAUGAUAUUAGUGACAGUUUGACAGGUUCUAGUAAAAGUUAUUGGAGUUUCAGUGUUUUUAAUGAUUUUAGUGAUAGUUUAAUAGCAAAUCUAAAUCAGUAGAAAAAAAUACGCUUGAGAACCAGACUCAUGAUCUCCGUGACCUCUAGAAGCAGUACUGAUGGGAGAACGAAGCAUUUAAGAAGACAGGCCUGAGUCACCCCAGUGGUUCCUCCUCCUGCCAGUGCUUCAACAUGACUGGUUUCUUCAGCACGGCACUACAACACCUGCCUCCUUUUUGCACCUUUCUCACCCGUUAGCAAUUGAUUUUUUUUUUUCUCCUUCUGUUUCUGUAAUUAAUGAAGUCCUUUACCAACCCUUUUUGCACAUAAAGAAUAUUAUAAUUUACUUAAUAACUUAUAUUUUUUAAUCAUCCUAUGGUGCUGUGAAAUGGGUUGUUUGUUGGGGUAGGGUAGGCUAGGUGACAGCCUAACCUAAUCUGUGCUAGCCCAUCCCAGAAUGGCUCCAUUAGGUUAGGUUUGGUUAGAGUAAUUAGUAUAACCUAGCCUAUACUAGUCCAUCUCCCAAAAAAAUAGAUAAAUUUGGGUAGGUUUGGUUAGAUUAGAUAACCUAACCUAACUAUACUACUAGAUAUUGUUGCAAAUGUGUACUUUUAAUUAUUAUUUUGUUAUAUUAUUAUCUUUUAUUUAUUUUUAAUUAAUUAAUUAAUUAAUUUGUUUUAUGACGCAGGAUUUAGUUGAUGUGAAAGUGAUGUGGUGUGUGAGAGGCAGAGUUGCAUGAUGGUCUGUAUUCUGGAGCAUUUCACACGUCUUACCUCGACUACUUUCGACAAGCUCCGGGUUGUUGUCAAGGGUGUUCCCAUGACGAGCAGUAGCUUGAUCGGUUGUACGGGAAGGUGUUCGGGACUUCUAUGAUUCCAGUGACAAUUUGACCGAGUGUAGUGGAUGUUAUUGGUGUUUUCAUGAUUGUAGUGAUAACCUGGCAGAUUUUCGUGGAUGUGAUAAGGGUUUCAAGAGUGAUUUCAUGAUUAUAGCUCUGCAAUAGUUUGUCAAGAAUUGUCAUUGGGGAAAAUCACCCAUGAGAACCCAACUAGUCAUCUGUGAGACUUUUGAGAGAAGUCCUCGUGAGAACAAGCGUUUUAGGAUACAGGGGGGGGGUGGAGGGGGCGUUGGCUGGAGGCAAGGGGUAUGUGGGGCAGGAGCUUGGGGCGUGUUCUCCCUGCCCUCUACCAGCGCGUUCUUGUGUGUGGAAAAGAAACCUUGAGAAUUAGGUGAGCUUAAAACUCGAUGCUUGAGACGUGGACAUUAGUAUUUACUUCAUGACUUUGUAAUGUGGCAAAUAAAUCAUUUAUAUAGCACGCACUGUGUUUAUUAAGAACUGGAGGUGGUGGUGCUUUCACGGCCUUGAACCUUACAUAACUUUGUCAAUUCAACCAAAAUGAACACAGCUUGGAGGUGUGUGUGUGUGUGUGUGUGUGUGUGUGGAGAUUGAGCAGUACUGUAAUUCAGAAUUGUAUUUGCUGGGGUUCUUUGCUUCGUGAUGCCUUUACUUAAAGCAUUUGACAAUGAGCUACUGAAGGCUCCCCGUCUCAUUAUGAAAAGGACAGCUGAGUACACUGACAGCCUCCUCGUGUAGCUGCUGGAGCGCGACCCUGUUCUAUUGUAAAGUGGGGUAAUUUAUUUCUUAAUUUAUUUUCUUUUAUUUUGUUUAUUUAUUUAUUUCAUUAUUUAUUUUUGCUGACGUUUGAGGUAGGCAGUGUUACUCAGCACAGGGAUUCUGUCUCCACCUGUGUAAUAUGUACACACAGAUCCGAUUGCCAGCCUUCGUGACACAGGCAGGCAUGGGGUACCACUCACUAAGUUCCUCUGGUGUGGCCCUGCCGGCAUCCGCAGGUGGUGGUGUGCAAGACCUUAUCACAGUGUAUCAGGUGCGUGCAGCAGAGCAUGGCACUGUCUAUAACACCACUUUAGCAAAAUUACAGCAUCCUUGAUCAGAAUGCAAGGCAGUGGCAGCGGCACGCUCGGGGUAGGACCUCCAGUCAGUGGAAUCACACUCGUGUAUGGCUUGGUUCACGUAUUGAGGCUUGUUAUCACCGGGACGUGCCUGAUGAUGGUGCCGUCAACGGGCAGACCAUUAAGCUUACAAUCACAGGAAAUAUUUUGCUGAGGUCAUUUUCCGUAUGUAGUGCAGAGGUGAAGCUGGACUUGCUGAGAAGCUUUGCCUACUCUGCUGCACCUCACUGUGGUCGCAGUACAAGGUGGCCUCUGUGGCCCCAAGGUGGGUCAUGGUGGUCCUUGAGAGACUCGCAGGGCUGCUCAGAUGGACCAGUUCACCCCUUGCCUUCACCAAGCAUUGAGUAAAGUCUUAACUGACUGUCUUCAGCCUUCCUUGUUGCCGCAAUGUUGCAUCUCGUGCAAUCUUCUGCCGCUUCUUUCACGCCAACUGCUCUUCAGAUCUUGCUGGAUGCAUGCCUCCCCCUUUCCGUGGCCUUGCUGCACAAGGCUCUCUAUUUCAUCUGAUCCCUGUUUUCUCCACCUCUAUGAUGCAAGAAUUAACCAGUAUUCACAAUCUUUCACCCAUUUCAGUGAUAAACUCUGGAACUGCUUGCCUGCUUCUGUAUUUCCACCUAACUAUGACUAAAUUCUUUCAAGAGGAAGGUUUCAAAACACUUCUCCAAUUCUGGAUAGUCCUUUUUUUGUCCCUUUCCUUUAGAGUAUGGCAGCUCAUUGAAUCUUUUUACGUUUUCUAAAUUUUUUGUAGCCGUAGGCCAGUCACCCCUUACAUGAAGGAGAAAAAAAGAAAAGAAAAACGAAGGAAAAAAAAAAAAAAAAAAAAGCGCGCGCGUGUGUGUGCAGGAGGGUGGGUCAGCACCUCACACUAUGUCGGUUUACAAGUAUACAAGACACGUAGCAAACUAUGAACUUGCUCAAGGAACGACAUCGCGGUGCCGGCGAUCCUGUGUGGACAGCCUCACUGAAAAAACAAAAAAACAAAACGAUCCUUUGAGAGCCAUGCAUGUAGCUCCUCAUUGCGUGCACAGCGUAGCUUCGCUCCACUCAAACAUUUCUUGAAUUGCGACACAGCAGGUUGCCUCAGCCACUCUUGCGUAGGAAUUAAAAACAGCAAAAAAAAAAAAAAAAGAAAAAAAAGUCCCUUGCACAUGAUCCUUCUAAAACCGAAUAGUGAUUCAUUGAAAGUCUUGGUGUCUUUCAAAUGCUCUAUGCAGGUACUUGUUCUUCACAAUUCUUUCACAGAUCUCGGCAACCACGCUCCUCGUGAUACCUGUCUUCAAUGCAGUGAGUCUCCCGCACCGCCUCCCUCAUGUGAAAGACAAUAUCUGCUACUUCCAAGUCCUGAGCGGCCUCACCAUCUCUUAGGAAGACUACAGCACCACGGUGGAUUUUCCCUGCGAGCUGUUCACUGCACCCCUCAGUGUCCAACCUGUGGUUCCAUCCGGGGCGUGGUGGUGGCGGUGGUGUGUGUGUGUGUGUGUAUGCGCGAGUUAUUUUUCGUUUGCAAAGAAGUUUGAGUCUGAAGCUUGUUGUUAUUAUUAUUAUUAUUAUUAUUAUUAUUAUUAUUAUUAUUAUUAUUAUUAUUAUUAAUAUUUUUAUUAUUAUUAUUAUUAUUAUUAUUAUUAUUAUCUUUAUUAUUUUUAUUUCUAUUAUUAUUAUUAUCAUUACUGCUACUACUACUACUACUACUACUACUACUACUACUACUACUACUACUAAAGAUUAGUAAAACACGUCUCAUACUAAGAACCUUAACAUUUCAAAAGAUCAAGAGGUGACGGAAGGAUGUGACGUAUUGUGUGCGUGUGUGCGCGUGUAUGUGUGUGCGUGUGUGUAGCACUCGAGGGUAAGGGCAGAGGAUGUAGCGCUCUACGGCAGUCACUCUAAACAUGGGGGUAGUACUAUCUGUGCUGCUUCUGCUGGUGGCGAUGGCUCUCCCCUCAGCUCACGGCGUCGAUAAGUGCUUGAGCUCACACAUAAACGUGGGCGAAGGGGAAAUGAGAACCAUUCAAAACAUCACACGUAAUAACUCUGCAAUAGUGUACGUGAUUCCCAAGCAGGGAUUUACAGGAGUUAUCCUGGAGACAAGGAAAAGAAAUGAAGUGUACAACGUAAGUUUUCCCAUCAGCGAGGACUGUUAUGAAAACGAUGGCACCAAGUGGAAUGAGUUAAAAGUUGUUGUCAAGCCUUACCCGUUCAACAAUUCAACCGGUGUUGUAUUUGAGGUGAAAAUUGGGGAGUGUGUUAAAGGAUGUUUCUGGGAUGGACUGACCAGCGUAUCAAACUUUGCCAUUAUUUCUAACGAGAGUUCGAACUGGAGAAUUAACCUUAAUAGAGUCAGCUGUGACAUAAACGAAGCGGCAGAUAAAACGUACGCACAAGGAUUAUGCUUAGACCCACCUUACAAUGGCAAACCAGGAACAACAACAACCUCUACUACUACUACUACUAUUACUACUACUACUACUACUACUAUUACUACUACUACUACUAAUGAUGAUAAUAAUAAUAAUAAUUGGAGUAUUAAUCGCAAAGGAAGCAGUGACAGACAAGGAGUGUACACAUACCCAUCUAACAAUGACAAAGCACCAGCAGGAACAACGACUUCUAAUCCUGUGUCUCUUUCGGCACCAACCAGUACCUCGAGCAUGACCGUAUCCUCCAUACUGAAAAAAGUGUCGUAUGUACUCGUUGUGGUGGUGGUAGUGGUAGUGGUGGGUGUGGUAGGGAUAUUAGCGAAGAAAUUGUUGCGAGAUGGAGCACCUCCCAGGCUGGAUUUGAUCCAGCUGUCUGCCUUGCCAGGGGCACCGCGCGCCGCCACCCAAGAACAGGAGGAGGCGCAGGUCAUUGUGAACGAGCUGUAUGAACCUUGCACGGCCCACGGCGUCCAACCUGCUGCCGCCCCCCACGCUGCCCGCGCCCCCCUCCCUACAGCAUCCCACGCUGACCACGCCCCCCUUUCCACAGUCCCCCACGCUGACCACGCCCCCACUGCCGGUCACAAUUCCAUUGAAUCAGUGAUCAACCAGAACUACCACCAUUAGGAGAGAGAGAGAGAGAGAGAGAGAGAGAGAGAGAGAGAGAGAGAGAGAGAGAGAGAGAGAGAGAGAGAGAGAGAGAGAUUAUCCCUGCUGGUCUUGCGGUCCUGCUUAAAUGUAUCUAUAUGCAAUCUGUGCUCUGUGCAUGCAAGCCUUUAGCUGCAUAUUGUAUAUAAUCUGAUGUAGUCCUGUAAUGAAUUCAAAACCGGUUCUUGGUGUAUUUCAAAGUAAUUCCAUGAUACACCAAGCUAAUCUGUGUGUGUGUGUGUGUGUGUGUGUGUGUGUGUGUGUGUGUGUGUGUGUGUGUGUGUGUGUGUGUGUGUGUGUGUGUUUAGUCUUCCUUUUUGGUAUUUUUUUGUAACAUUUCUUGUGUGGCUUUCUUGUUUAUUUAUUUAUUUAUUUAUUAUUAUUAUUAUUAUUAUUAUUAUUAUUAUUAUUAUUAUUAUUAUUAUUAUUAUUAUUAUUAUCAUUAUUGUUAUUAUUAUUAUUAUUACUAUUGCUCUUAUUAUUAUCAUUAUUAUUACUACUAUUAUUAUUGCUCUUAUUAUUAUUAUUAUUAUUAUUAUUAUUAUUAUUAUUAUUAUCAUUAUUAUUAUUAUUAUUAUUAUUAUUAUUAUUAUUAUUACUAUUACUGCUACUACCAGAUCUAGUACUACUGCUACUACUACUACAGCUACUACUACUACUACUACUACUACUACUACUACUAAUACCACUACAACUAACAUCAUUACUAUAAUUAUCAUCAUUCCUUUAUAUAUUUGCUUGUAUUUUUGCUAGUUCAUUAAUAUGUAUAUUUUCUUUGUUUCUGCUUCUAGAACAACGCAGUUAAUAUUUACUGAUAAUACAAGUGGUACUUAUCACAGCUUACAGGAAACACACACACACACACACACACACACACACACACACACACACACCUCACAACAAGAGACGCCAGGUGUUGGGUUCGAUUAAAUUUUGAGAAAAAUGAAUGAGGAAAGGAAAUCCGACACGGGCACUCGAUCUGUUUUCGUUUGUUGGAACCCUGGAGCGGCGAGGCAAAGGGCGAGCCGCUCAGUGGGUGUUUUUCUCGCUCUUUUUGUUGCCCUUGGCCAGUGCCCCUCUUUCAUUAAAAAAAAAUAAAAAUAAAUAAAUAAUAAUAAUAAUAAUAAUAAUAAUAACAAUAAUAAAAUAAAUCAAUCAAUAAAGUAAAGCAGCAAGCAGGUGAAGGUGUGGGAUGCAGGCCGCGGCUUGUGGCCAAAGACGAGACGCCAGCGUCUCUCAUCCUCGUCGUGGCCUCGCUGUCCUGGCGUGCGGCGUGAGUAGUAGGUGGUGGCAGUCCUCCCCAAACACUGGUCGCGAUGUCUUGGUGUGAAGGGGAGCGGCUGGCUGUCGCCCGUAUUCAGAAACACUGACUUUCAAGGCCACAAAGAUGGUUAGCCGGGUUCUCAAGAAUGUUUCUCCUCUUAAUAUUGUAGAAAUCUUGUUAAUCUUUCACUACAGCUGUAAAAACACCCUUAAAAAUUUUAUUUCCUCACCAAGAUGAUUUUCAUCGAGUGUUUCUCAUAACAAUGAUGUAGAAGUCGUGUUGAUCUGUCACUAGAACCACAAAAACACUUAAGAAUUCAUGUAACCUCGACUGUAGAGCCUUUUGAAGUGUUUCAGAACACUGUCCUGUGUCCUGAGUCCUUCAGACGACCGAGGAUCACACACACACACACACACACACACACACACACACAGUUUCCUUCCUAGAUAUCGUAAGAUAGUCUUCACUACAUCCUUCUGGCGUCAUGCCCGACGUUAUGUUAUCAGAAUAGCUUCCCCGCUGUGCUUGUGACUCCCACUGGGACACUGUAACUGUAAAUUGUUCAUAUUGUCAAAUAAAAUAUACCGAAAUGGC